AUGAGCCACCGCACAAAGUUCAUAAUAAACACAUCGGUUGAAUAUUUUGGUGCUCGCAUUCCGGGCACGGAAUUGGAUGCGCAAACAGCAGCCAUAUUGGAGUUUCUAGAGCAGGACGAGCACACGGUUAUCUCGGCCGUGCAUGAUAAAUCCGAUGGUAAAAUCAAAUUUCAACAUCGCAUUCCCAACGAGGAGGUGUGUUUGCUUUUCUACAAGGUGCCGCAGGUGGGCCAAGGUGGUGGCGGCAACGGUGGCGGCGGCGGCGGCGGUUCAGUCGCCAACGAACCACUGCUUGGCAUAUUAACACUGGAAGGUGGCCUGGUUAAGUCCAUUUACAAUUCCGUUUCACGUGUAUUUUCUCCACAUGCAACGGCCAAGCGCAACGAAUAUAGCCCGGAGAUAAGCGGUCUGCUGGAGAACUUGCAUGUGUCCCUUGGCUCCACUUUAGGGCUGCCACAGAGUGGCAUUUCCAACAUUAAGGAUGAAAUCAAAUAUUGGAAGCAAAAGCUCGGACAAAAGUCUAGCUCACGUCUUGAUCGUGAAACGGCUCAGGUGUUUAUUGGCAUGCUGGAGAAUAUCGAAAGAAGAAUUGGUAUCAUAGAAGGAGAUGGCAAUGCGGGCAGCACUAUCGAAGAGUUUCUCGACCAUGCUCAUAAUCAAUUGGACGAACUGUGGCGCCUUCCCUACAACUAUCCACAGCAGCGAAUGGCCGACUUGCUCGACAUUAUUGGUAACCGACUGCUGGAGGCCUGUCUUGCGCAGUUGCUGGCCGAAGAUAUUUGGAGCCUCACCUCGUUUAAUGUGAACAAUCUGAUGAGCCAUUGCAUUGACACAGUUGACGCAUGGAUACAGCUGUGUGACUCACUGACGCGACUCUUCUGGCCCAACUAUGUGAAGCAUCCGUGGGUUGGCGAGCCGCAUAUGCCCAAACGUGGUCAAUUGUUUAAGGAACGGCUUACCGAAAUCAGGAAUAUUAAGCAGCUGUACAAACAAAUUGCCUCCUUGCUCGACGACACUGAGCUGCAGGAAAUGUUUCAGGAGCAUGCACCUUUCAGUGAUUUCAAUAUUUUCGACACCUCCAUUCUGGGUCAGUCCAAGUGGAACAAAGCCCUGCAGCACUUCGAGCAGGUGCUGCAGCCUAUUGAUGAGCGUAUAGCAACCGCAUUGAAAGGACAGCUGCACCACCACCUGAGCAAUCCGCGGCAGGUCAUCUUCAUAUUCUCGAAGUACGAAACACUCAUACAGCGUCCCACUGUGCUGGAGCUACUGACCAUCGAGCGCGAGCAAUUUCUACAGUCACUUCACAUUCUACUGCAGGAUCUGCGAAAGGCGAUGACAGAUACAAACAUGGAGCCGGACACCGGACAUUUGUCGGUUAUAUGCAAUGAAUGCCGCUGGCUAAAGGUGGUGCAGUAUCAGAUACAGGAGAUUGAGAAGGUUAGCCAUUUGAUAAACGGUCGCGAGGGCUUUGAAAAGAUCAAUAAGGCUGUCCAAGAGAUCAAGGAGGAAACAGAGUCUCUGCUGCGGACGAACUUUGAAAUAUGGUCCGGCCAAUGCUCCACGGCUGUGAAAAGUGGCGAGCUGAGACUUCGCGAUGAUCAGGCCGUGGUGAAGUUCGAAAAGGAAGGCCGCCAACUAAUGCGCGUAACUUUCAAUCCGAAGCUGGUCACCUUCUGCCAAGAUGUGCGGGAAUUUGAGAAUCUUGGCUACAAUGUGCCACUCGAAUUGCGAGCAGCCGCGACUCAUGCAGCGAAGCAUAUGUGUCAUGCCCGACGACUGCAGCAGAUCGCCACUUUCCACAACACUAUUGGAGACCGCAUGAUUCCGUGCCAGCGUCCGAUAAUGCUAAAGAAUGCCUUGGAGCUUGCAGCGCUUGUGCAGAGCGAAACUGUUGCCUGGCAGGAUGAGGCUUCGGUGCUGCGCUAUGUGAACACAUUACAGGAGGCAGUGUCCAAGCUAUCCGCAGACAACACAUUACUGGUUGGUUACCAUGAGCAGGCUAAGCGAACCGUAAUGAGACUUAUGUCCACGGACCUGUUUACUCAAUCUCAAAUCUGGAAGGACGAGCUGCGCCACUUGCGUGAACUAGUUGCGACCCUGGAGCGGCAGGGAUAUAGCAAUUUGGACGCCUUUAAGUUGCACUGGGACCAUCAGUUGUACAAAGUCCUGGAGUACCAGUACUUGCUAGGCCUGCUAGACAUGAACAAUAAGCUGCCCGACAUUCAUACAAAGCUAGUGCUCCGGCAUCGCGAGCUCUGCUACAGUCCGCCAGAGGAGGAGAUACGCGAUCAGUACUACACCCAGCUGCGUCGUUUCAUUGAACGCCCGUGUGGUUUUCGUGGAUUAUCCGAUCAGAGUACCACUCUGUUUGGGUCCAUGGUGACGAUGAAUCAACAACACUUUGGGCCGCUUUAUGAACGAGCCUCGCAGCUGUUCAGCAAGCUCGCGGACUUUAAGCGCAUUUGGUUACCUUGGAUUGCUCUGGGUUGUGUGGAUGUGGAACAGCUGUGUGGCAUUCACUUGAGCCAGGCCGAUGACUGGGAUCGCAACUUUCGCGAAUGCAAGCACUUCAGCCAGAAGAUCGCCAAACUGCAGCGCAGUGAAGAGUCUAUUGAUUGUAUUGUUAUUGAUGUUCUGCCCUUGCGAUCGGACAUCGAGCUAAUUGGGCGGCGUUACUGGGAGGCCUUAGCCAGCAGCCUGCGUUCAUCUAUACUGAGCGAUGUGGGUGUGGUGCAAGAAUUUUUGCAGAGCGCACUUCAAUUCCUGCAAAACAUACCCAUGGACGAGGGCAGCAUCACUGAAUCGGGCAUGAAGUACGAGAAGAUCAUGUCGGAGCUUCCGCAAGUUGCCGCCACAUUGGACUUGGUGCGUGCAAAAGAUAGCUGUCUCGCUGGUUGGUGCAAAGAGCGCGUGAUGGCACUGGCUGGGAUUCUGCAGCAGUGGGAGCAGCUUCAGCCCCUACUGGAGAACCACGCUGUGAUCCUGCAACGUCAAGUGGAUGUGAUAAAGACGCAGGCACAAACACAGCUUCAGAAUUUGCGCAACGAGGCUGAAAAGUUUCAGCUACGCUGGGAGUCCACAAUUGCCGAGCUGGAGGCUAACGAACAGGCCACAUUGGAGCUCUUCAAGGAGCGUCGAGCACACUGGCAGCAGAUACAAUUGAAAAAACAACACCUGCUGGACGAGUGCGCAAAGUUCAAUAUGCAUUUUCCGGCGGAUAUGCUGGAGCCCUUUGUUGAGAUCGACGCCCAGAUGAACUCUCAGGCUAAGCAGUGGGAGGUGUACGAUAAUUUCCUAGCCGAGCUGGAGCCAAUUAUGCAGGAGGAAUGGGCCAUAUACCGUCGACGUCCGUAUGUGCUAAACGAAUUUAUUGGCCGUUGGGAGAGCUCUGUACAUGAAUCCAUCGACCUGCCAUCCAAACGCAUAAGACAAAGUGUGGAGCGUCUACAAGCCGCACUCCCUGUUCUCCAACAGCUGCAGUCGGAUGCGCUUAGCGAACGCCAUUGGGCACGAAUUUUCAAUCUGUUGCACAAACAGCAAACGAAGCCACUGCACAGUAUCCUGCUGGCUGAUAUACUCGACGAUAUGGAUGCACUUCAAGCGGCUGCCCCCGAGCUGGCUAACAUUGUUCGGCAGGCAGCUGCCGAGCAAGUUGUGCGCCAGGCCCUGGUUGAGUUGGAUCAGUGGUCGGUGACAGCUCAGUUUAAGUUAAUUAGUCGUACGGAUGCAUCUGGCCAGCCGGUGGGGCUUAUUAAGGACUAUCAGGAGGUUCUCAACAAGAUUGGCGAUAACCAGUCGCUACUACAGUCGGCAAAGAACUCCGCUGCCUUUGACAGCUUCUCGGAUCAGGCGGCCCUAUGGGAGAGUCGCCUCAACAGCCUCGACACGCUUCUUAGCAGUCUGAGUCACUCCCAGAGGCGUUGGGUCUAUCUGGAGCCGGUCUUUGGUGCUGGAACAUUACAGCAGGAGCAGGCGCUCUUCAAGCGCAUCGACAAGGACUUUCGCUAUGUGAUGCGUGAGAUACAAGCGGAUCCUCGUGUUACUUCAGUGCUACGAAUUAACAAUAUUAGCGUUAUUGUCCAAACAUUGGAAACGCAAUUGGCACGUUGUCAGCAAAACCUAUUGAGUUACAUUACGGAUAAGCGCAACAGCUUUCCGCGCUUUUAUUUUCUUGGUGACGAUGAUCUACUCGAGUUGCUUGGUCAGGCCUCGAAAGAUGCCGAUAUUGUGCAGCGCCACAUACGAAAGCUGUUUCCUGGCUGCCACAGUCUAGGCAUUCGACAAGGUCCUGAAACAGGACACUUUAUCAUCAAUGCGCUGCACAGUGCUGAAGGCGAUGAGCUAACUCUCAAUCAAAGCGUUGAAAUGACGGGCGACAUUGAGCAUUGGCUCAAUAAGCUCGUCGUCAGCAUUCAACAGACGCUUCGAGGGCAGAUAUUCGAGUGCUACAACAACAACAACUUUAGUGAAAACAACAAAACUCUUGACGAGCGUCUGCUCAACAAAUACCCCAUCCAGGUGCUAGCCACAGCUCGGGCCUUGCACUUCACACGUCAGGCAGAGCAGGCAAUAGGCUCCAUGGCUUUGGGCAAGCUCCAGCAGCGGCUCGCAGAGGAGAUUGCGCACUGUGCCGCCUUGAAGCAAGGCGCUCCCAAUGGCAGCUUGCCCGCCUCCAAGUUGCGCGCCCUACUUAUCGAUCUGGUGCACUAUGCAGCUGUCGCGGAGCAGCUAGUGCAGGAAAAUGUGAUGCAUGUCAGCGAUUGGCAUUGGCUGUGUCAACUGAGAUACUACCUUACAGCUGCGACAGUAGGUGGCAGCAAAGGCGGAGGUGUGGGUGUGGGUGAUGGGCGGCAGAUUUACGUGCGUAUGGUUUACGCAGAAUUUGAAUAUGCCUACGAGUUCCUGGGCAAUGCCAACAAACUUGUGCAUACAAGGCUGACGCACAAGUGUUAUCUCAUACUCACACAGGCCAUGCACAUGGGCCUGGGCGGUAAUCCCUUUGGAAAAGCGGGCACAGGAAAGACGGAGUGUGUGAAGGCGUUGGGUGCGAUGCUGGGACGCCUCGUGUUGGUUUUCAAUUGUGAUGAGAACGUCGACACGGAAUCGAUGGGACUUAUUCUCACAGGCCUCGCUCGCUGUGGAGCCUGGGGCUGCUUUGAUGAAUUUAAUAGGCUCCAGGAGGCUACACUCUCUGCCAUUUCCAUGCUCAUACAGCCCAUUCAGAGCGCACUGAAGGACAAGGCGGCAACGGUGCAAGUUGGAGAACGAACUGUUCAACUAAAUCAGCAUUGCGGCAUUUUUGUAACCUUGAACCCGGCUGGUGUUGAGUAUGGUGGUCGCCAAAAACUGCCCGGCAAUAUUCAAGCGCUAUUCCGACCCAUUGUAAUGCAACAGCCGGAGCCGGGCGAAAUUGCUCGCGUCAUGCUCUUCGUUGAGGGCUUUACGACUGCCGCAGACAUGGCUGCGCGCAUCGUAGAACUCUUCGAACUGUGCCGACAAAUGCUGUCGGCUCAGCGGCACUACGAUUGGGGACUCCGUGAGCUUAAAACAACGCUCCUCGUCUGUGGAGAGGGGUUGCGUAUGCAAUUAGCGAGGGCGCCCAACGCUGUUGCUAAUGAGCGGGCGACCUCCACCCCCAGCGACGCGGCCGCUAAUGAUGAAAUGUCUAUUGUGGUGCGUUGUCUGCGCUCAUCGACCAUGUCAAAGUUGGCGCAACACGACGUGGCGCGCUUCGAAAUGCUGCUACGAACGGUAUUUCCUGAAAUUGGUGAUGAGCCGCCGCCAGCCACUUCGCUACAGGAGGCGUUGACCUCUGCCUUCGGCCCCCUCGCCCUGGGCCCAAAUAGUGCACAAAUAGAGAAGGCGUUGCAAUUGCACGAGCAGCUGCAGAAACGCAUGGGCGUUGUUGUUGUGGGUCCUCCUGGCUGUGGCAAGUCGACUGUCAUAGCCUUGCUGCGACAGGCGCUAAUGGCCACCAACUCGACGCAGAUACGCGUGCACACCAUCAGUCCCAAAUCAAUGAGUCGCGUGCAGUUGCUAGGUCGUCUGGAUGCGGACACACGUCAGUGGCAGGAUGGUGUCCUCACUCAUACAGCCGUUGUGGUCAAUCAGGAGCCGGCGCAUGUCCAUUCGUGGAUACUGUGCGACGGAAGCAUCGACCCCGAGUGGAUUGAGGCGCUGAACUCGGUUCUGGAUGAUAACAAACUCCUGACCCUCCCCUCCGGCUGGCGCAUACAGUUCGGCAACAAUAUCAACUUUAUUUUCGAGACGGACGAUGUGCGACACGCCUCCCCCGCGACUAUUUCACGCAUGGGCAUUAUUAAUAUGAGCUACGAGCAUUAUCCUCUGCAAGCGAUAGUAAGGCAUGAGCUAGCCAAGGAACCAUAUGGAGAUCUGCUGCAAAGCUACUUGGAUGCCAAUUUCGAGGCAGCUGCAGAGUGGUUGGAAAGGGAACAGUUGGGUCAUAUACCCGGCAUUGGUCGCAGCAGCUUGCUUCAUGCAUUGCUCCUCCAGCUGCAUGGAACUCAGACCAUAGAGGAAUUUGGUGCGGCCAUGCUACGGGCGCUCUUGGGUUUCGUGACCAAUGAGCGUCACCAGGAAUUUGCGCAAUUUGUCCUGCAACGCGCCAAUCUCUACAUAGCCAAUCCUAAUCAUGCCGAGCUGACGUACUACGACAAGCGGCGUGGUGCACUGGAUCAGUAUGCAGUUGGGAGCAUCGAGCCGGCGUCAACUGGUGGCCAACUGAUUGAGACAGCUGCAGUAAAAUCUUAUCUGGGCAUUCUGGAUACCCUGCUAGACACUUGCACACUCGCACCCUUCCUGCUUAUCGGCCCCAGCGGUUCGGGCAAGACAUUGCUGCUGCAACAAGCAGUGCAGGAACAUUCAGGAUAUCAGUUGGCCACCGUGAACUGCUCGACCCAGUUGGCGCCCACCUAUCUGCUGAACACACUGCGCCAACAGUGCGUUACAAUAAGUGGGCUACGUGGGCGAGAAUUUAAGCCCAAACAGGCACGGGUUGUGCUCUUUUUAAAAAAUCUGGACUUGUGUCGACUGGAUGCCUGGGGUGCCUCCGAGGUUGUGGAGCUGCUGCUGCAGCUGGUGCAGCGUAAAGGUUUCUAUGCCGACACCCUCGAGUGGAUCAGCGUCAGUGGGCUCCAAAUAUGCGCAUCUAUUAGCGGAAAUUUGGCGAAGAUUGCGCCUCGCUUUUUGGCGAUAAAUCAGUUUGUGCGAGUGGGCCAGCCAACCGCUGCGGACAUGCUUGGCAUCGUCCAGUGUCGCAUGGAGCCUUUGCUUUGUGGCAACGGGGCGUAUUUCAGAACAAACGCUGCCACCACUAAUUUGCAGCAUGUGAGCGAGUGUCUAAUGGAGUUCUUCGCCAAGUUGCAAGCUACUUUCACGCCCGCGUCACAGCAGCAGGGGCACUACCAAUUCAGUCCGAAAUGCAUUAUGAAGCUUUUGGACGCACUCUCGUACUACCCGCCGGGCGAUUUCAACGAGGCCUUGCACUGCGAGCUGUUGGCCAUGUUCAAGGAUCGCCUGGCUACUGAGGAACAUGUGCAGCAGUUUGAGGGCAUCCUUAAGCAAACAAUGCGUAAAUAUUAUGGAAAAGAGAAAAUCUAUUACGUGCCCAAGUCUCCCAAGUCCCUGGGAAAGCUAUAUGGUCUGACUCACGAUGAAUGGCUGGAUGAGGUGCAACGCCAAAUCACGAUAUGUAAUACUGAGAGCUACAACAUUGUGGCGCCUAUUACCGAGGAACUACUCCACUACACAGCCCAUAUAGCCCGCACAUUAGUCCGCCAGGAUGGGCAUCAGCUUAUACUUGGCCAGCCAGGGGGAAGGCAUGUGGAUGCCAUAUACGUCGCAGCCACCCUACAGCAGGCAAAAGUGUUGCCCCUGCAAGGCGGUCAGAGCUAUGCUCUGGAAGACUUUUAUAAUGAUCUAAAGCUGGCGAUGCAGACGGCGGCGCUAGAGCAGCAGAACACCUAUAUGUUGAUCGAGCACUGUUGGCUGAGCUACGUUCCGGACAUUUUAAAACCAAUUGAAGCUCUGCUGGAGGGAAGCGAGAUCUUGGAAUUAUUCGGUGACGAGCUCGAGUCGGUAGCCAGCACCUUAAAACAGGCAGCGCAGUUGGAGGGAUAUCAAGAGUCCCUGGGUGCCUAUUUUAUGAAACGAGCACGAGAGAAUUUACAUUUAGUUGUUGUUGUGGAUCCAAGUAGUGCGAAAGUGCAGGAAUAUUUCAACCACUGUCCGGCACUGUAUCGUCAGAUGACCGUGCUCUAUGUGCGGCCUGCAUCGCGAGAAACCUUACUAAUGCUGCCAAAAAAGUAUAUCGAAGUGUUGGGCGAAGGCCGACAAGGGGGAAAAGUGCCUGUGUGCAGCUACUUUGUGGAUGCAGUGGAGGAUCUGCUACCGGAGCAGGCACCCUGCCGUUACUACCAAUUGAUAACCAGCUACUAUCAUUUGUACGACAACGCCGCCUCGGAUAUUGACAAGCGGCUAAGCAAGCUACAGUUGGGCGUUGACAAAUUAGCUGCUGCCCACGCCUUGGUCGACACAUUAAAAACCAACGCGAGUACCCAGGAGCAGGCCCUUGGCGAAAAGCGGAAGCUAGCCAAUGAAGCCCUCGAAAUGAUUUCGGCCACCAUGCGAAAUGCGAACGAGCAAAAGUCCAGCAUGCUGGAGCUGAAGAAGCAGACCCAAGAGAGCAGCGAACAGCUCAAGGUACGACAACGCGAAAUUCAACAAGAGCUGGCUGAGGUGGAACCCAUAUUGGCGGAGGCGAGCACUGCCGUAGGCCAAAUCAAGUCCGAGGCUCUCUCCGAAAUUCGCUCGCUGCGUGCCCCACCCGAGACAGUGCGUGACAUACUCGAGGGCGUGCUCCGACUGAUGGGAAUACGCGAUACCUCUUGGAACAGCAUGAAAACGUUCUUGGCCAAGCGUGGCAUCAAGGAGGAUAUACGCUCGCUGGAUCCAGCGCGCAUCAGUCCCGAGAACUGCGAGGCGGUUGAGCGUCUCCUGGCAGCUAAAGGGGAUUCCUAUGAAAUGAAGAACGCCAAACGAGCCUCGGCUGCGGCAGCACCUCUGGCCGCCUGGGUGAAAGCUAGUGUGCGAUAUGCACGAGUUAUACAAAGCAUCAAGCCUCUGGAGCGGGAGCAGGGAGAACUGCAACGCAAUCUGCAGGCAGCCGAAGGUGAAAUGGAACAACUUGCCACCGGACUUGAUGAUGUGGAUAAGCGUGUUAAGCAGCUAUCGGCUAAGUUGCAGACAUACACACAAGAGGCCGCCGUCCUAGAGCUGAAGCUGGAGGAGGCGCGUGGUACUUUGCAAGCUGCACAAUUGUUGGUCGAGAAGCUGAGCGCAGAGUAUGCUACUUGGAGUGAGCAGCUGGCCAAGCUGAAGCAGGCACACAAGACCCUUGACACAAAGAUGUUGCUAGUAGCGUUGGCUCUCAAUUACUUUGCAGGCCUAGCUCUGGAUAAGCGCAGUUCCUUACUGCAGAAGUUAAGUACCGAAAUGCAGUUGUCCAGCGGUUUUGAUUUACGUCAGGCGCUGAUCACAGAACAGGAGCAAAUAAUUUGGGAGAGUCAGGGACUGGCGCGUGACGUGCAGAUCAUCGAGAAUGCUGCACUGUUGAGGCAAAUGCUCUCACUACCUUUUGGCAGCUGUGCCGUGCCCUUACUACUGGAUCCCACUCAGACAGCGUCCAACUGGUUGGCCGCUCAUUUACGGAGUAGCGGACGUGCCUACGAGCUAACCACACAGAAUAAUGAACGACUAUCCUAUCAACUGGAGCUGGCCGUGCGCUUUGGGAAAACGCUUCUGGUAGUAGACUGCGAGGAACUACGACCGCCUCUGCUGCAGUUGGUGCAGGGCCACACCUACGUGCGCUUUAACAAACGGCAGCUGGAGGUGGGCACGAAACUGGUGGACUUGCAUGAGAAUUUCCAACUGGUGCUGUGCAGCAAGGCGCCGCGCUUCCAAAUGGGUUCGGAGUUUCGUGGCGUUGUAAAUGUUGUGCUCUUCACAGUCACUGCUGCGGGUCUUAGCGACCAGCUCCUGUCGAAGGCCAUUGUACUAAAGAAUUCGCAAUUGGAGCAGCAGCGUGUGGAGUUGUUGCAAAAAGAGGGUGAGUUGCUGAAGCAGCGUAUGGAGCUGCAGAAUCAAUUACUGGAGGAGUUGUCCAGCGCCCAAGGAGACAUUUUGCGCAACGAGCAGCUGCUUCGCACGCUGGAGGAAGUGAAGCAAAGCAGCGGACAGAUCGAUGACGCGCUAAAGAAGAGCGGAGCGGUAAGGCAAACGCUGCUGGCCGAAUUCGGACCACUGCGCGCCCAAUGCGCAAAGGCAGCAGCAUUUUAUACGGGUCUAAUUCUGGGCUAUGAACUAUCGGCUUUGGUAUACAUUGAACUCUUCCUUGGAGCGCUGCGGACGCUAGACGCGGAGAAGGAACAAGAAACGCGUGUAUACGAGCGUCUUGUACGCAGUGUCUAUUUGCAUUUGGCCAGAGCUACCCCACGUUCGAGUCAACUGUCCCUUUCCCUGUGGAUAUGCCGACAGGCCUAUGCCGAGAGCAUUAGCGCCAAAGAGUGGGAGCUAUUUGUGACAAAUUUCAUGAGCAGUGCUGCCGACAGUAGCUCAAUUCUUGGACGCCGAACUCUGCCGGAUUGCAUGAGUCGUGAGGCUCAGCUGAAGUUGUCGCUGCUAUUGCAGCAGCUGCCUACUCUGGAGGACCAGUUGCAACUGAACAAGGAUUACGUGUGGCGCGGAUUUAUUGAACAGCAAACGGAUGAUGUGCUGCCCGCCAUUAGCUCGCCCUUUCAACGUGUGCUCGUGGCUCAAAUAUUUCGUCCAGAUCUGAUUGUGACCCAGUUGCGAAGCACCUGUAACCAAUUGCUUGGCAUUGCCUACGAUGCCGGCGUGCAGCCUAGUGUGGAGCAGCUGCUCGAGGAGAGUAGCAACGAGCGUCCCAUACUAAUGAUUACGCAGGCCGAAAAUGAUCCGGCAACGGAGCUAAAGAGCACGGCACUGCGAAAAUGGGGUGACAAGAAAUACCAGGAACUGGCCAUAGGCCGUGGCAUUGAGCAGCGUGCAUUGGAGGCAGUGCGACAAGCGGCCGCCCAGGGUCAAUGGCUGUGUGUGAAGAAUGUGCAUUUGGUGCCGCAUUGGCUUACACAAUUGGAACGCGAACUGGGCCAAAUGACAAAGGCGCCGGACUUCCGCCUUUGGCUGGUAUGUGAAUCGACGGUGGGAUUCAGCGAAGCGGCCAUCUAUCGCUGUCUGAAGGUGCGUUACGAACAGCCGCGAGGCUUGAAGCAGCAAGUACAGCGAAUGCUGCAGAACUAUGCAGCCAUGCAGCUCGAUCAGGGUAACAAACAGCAACAGGCCAAGUGCCUGAAGAUGCGAGUGGUUAUGUUUCUGCUCAGUGCGGUGCUGCAGCAGCGACGUCAGUAUGUACCCCAAGGCUGGUCCAAAUAUUACGAGUUUGGCGAGGCCGAUCUGAAGGCGGCGCUGGGCGUGCUCAGCUGGAUGGAUGCGCAGCUGGCCGGAGGAAGAUGCGACUGGUUGCUGCUGCAGCGUCUCUGCGAGUCUGUGGCCUAUGGCGGGCGUGUGGAUAAUGCACGGGAUCUGGAAGUGCUCAGAAGCUAUCUGAAUAAAUUCUGUUGCGCCGAUGUAUUGAGCAAUCGUUGGACGCCAUUGGGUUUAAGCUUUUCGAUACCAACAAGCGCACAACUACAGGACUAUUAUGGAGCGUUAGACAAACUGCCCGAUGUGGAUGAGCCGGCAAUCUACGGAUUGGCCAGUCAGGCGCAUCAGCAGCGUGAGAUUGAACAGUCACGUGUGGUCAUCAAGGAAUUGCGUGCUGCCUACUAUGGCGGCACAGCUGGCGAUGCUGUGAGUACGCCAAGCGCUCGACAGAAACUAGAGCAACAAAUCAAGCCAAUUUUGAGCCUCUGGCGUAAACUGGCAGUUAAUUGUAGUGUGGCACAAACCGUCGACGAAAUGCAGGCAAUGGAGCAGCCACUGGGCAUGGAUUCUCCAUGGUCGCUGUUUGUCCUUGCAGAGCUGCAAUUGGGCUCAAAUCUCUACAAGCUUGUGCAUCGGACACUGGCCCAGCUGCACGCCUGGCUAAAGGAGACCCAAACACAGGCUGGAAAUGUGGAUGCCAAUGCAUUGCAGACGUUGGCCGAGCACCAGGUGCCAGCCACCUGGCAGAAAUUGUGGCCGGGACCUGCAUCUGCGGUGGACUACCUGCGCGGCUUGAUUGUGCGUGCCUCGGAAGCGGAGCGUCGCUAUCGCGAGCAGCUGCACGUGAAGUUUGCCACAUCCUUGAACCUGGUGCACAUUUUCAACUGCGAGAAUCUGCUGGCCUGUCUCAAACUGCUGCAGGCUCACACGUUCGGCGUGUCGGCACAAUGCCUGCACUUGGUUUGUGUGGGAGCUACUGAGGCGGUCGCUGGAGGCGACGACGGUAUUGUUCUGCAUAUUGCACCGCUUAAGUUGGACGGUUCAGAUGGAAUAAAGCCAAAAUCGUUCGAAUUUUAUUUAACUUACAAAACGGAAGACCAAAUUAAAUCGGACAAGAAUAAGGCCUUAGGCAACAAAUAUUCCUUGGAUACAGACCAGGCUUCAAGGUCUACAAAACUAAGACUGCCGCUGUACUCGCGGGCCCAACGCGACAGAGUCAUCUGCUAUUUGGAACUGGAAAACGAGCAAAUUACGGAAAGCGAAGCAUUACUAGCUGGACUAGCGAUGGUAGUCGAGGACCAUUGAAAUGAAUUUAGUUUAAGGCAAAAGGAGGAUGGCAGGUUUCAUGAAAUAAAUAUUGCUAGCUGGUUUUAAAAUCAUUUGUCCCAAAAGAAAAGUUCAACUAUGUAUA